CAUAAUUAUUCAUCAUGAUUCAUAUUAAAUAUUAAAUAAAUUUCAUGUUUUCAUGAUGUAUAAUGCGACGAUUACCUAUGCGCAAUUAUUCUAGUCGCCUACAUUUUUGAUUGAUAAUUGAUAUAACAGCUUAUUGCCUACAAUCAAUUGAUUGUAGAUAAUAAUAAUAUUAUGUGGACUUGUUCUGUGCUUAUAGUAAAUAUUUAAGAUAAUGCAAUUUAAUAUUCGAGUACCGAAUAUUGGACUGUAUACGUUGACAGGUUUUGAACUACAAUGUAGUGAAACAAUGAUUUUCCAUUGAUAUAUUUUGCAAUCAUUCCCGUUUAACAUUAUUUCAAUUAUGGCAUCGAAGCUCACUCCAAAAGUCAAAAAAGAAUCGAAGAAACUCAAAUUGAAAAAAACCGACAAAACCGAUACAGUCGUCCUCGAAAAAGAUUGGUUUAUGCGAUUUGAUGCACCUUUGAAAAUUAUCUUGACUGCAAGGUUUUUUGCUGCAUUUCUCGUUCACAUUUCAGACUGUGAUGAAACAUUUAACUACUGGGAACCGACUCAUUAUUUUGUUUUCAACAGCGGUUUUCAAACCUGGGAAUACGCGCCUCCUUAUGCACUUCGAUCAUAUUUAUACAUACUUAUUCAUGCAGUACCAGUGUACCUUUACAAAGCACUGUUUAACACUAGAAAAAUCAUGUUGUUUUAUCUAAUACGCUGUGUGCUUGCACUAUUGAGUUCUCUUUGUGAACUAUACUUUUACAAAGCAAUAUCAAAAAAAAUUUCAUCCACUGUUAGCAAUUAUUACUUGUUUAUAACAGUUUUUAGUCCUGGAAUGUUCAUUGCAUCUACUGCAUAUUUGCCUUCAAGUUUUUCUAUGUACAUGACUUUCUUAAUUAUUGGAGCUUGGUUGAACAAAAACUAUGAAUUGGCAAUUUUUACGACUGCAUUGUCAACAUUUUUAAGCUGGCCAUUUUCAUGUCUAAUCGGGUUACCACUUGCAUGUGAUAUCACUUUCAGAAACAAAAAGUAUUUACUAUUUAUUAAAUGGUGUUUGAUAUCAUUAGGGACAAUUUUAGUUUAUCAAGUUGCUACAGAUUCAUAUUUUUAUGGCAAGCUUGUAAUUGCCCCUUUUAAUAUUGUUUAUUACAAUAUAUUCACGAGUCAUGGUCCUGAUUUAUAUGGUACUGAACAUUGGAGUUUUUAUAUACUAAAUGGUAUCCUUAAUUUCAAUGUUGUAUUCAUACUUUCGCUAAUGGCUCCUAUUGCUAUUGUAUUAAGAAUGAUUCUUACAAAAAUCGGGAUCGAAGAAAGAUUUUUAUUUCCUGUAUAUCCAUUGAUACAACUGGCAUCAUCUAUAUUAUUAGAAUAUAUUAAAGAUAUGAAUUUUCAUUCAAGUGUUAUUCACCGUUUUACUUUUCUUAAGCUGUAUAACAAAUUGAUUGAUAAUGCUUACAUACCUUUUCUCUUUGUAUUUUUAUUAAUGGGAUUGUCACGAAGCACUCUAUUAGUUAAAGCAUAUCAUGCACCUAUUGAUACUUAUACACAAUUGAGUAAUGAUUAUCUUACAUUGCCUGAAUCAGAUGUAAUAAAUGUUUGUGUGGGCAAAGAAUGGCAUAGAUAUCCUUCAUCAUUUUUUUUACCAAAUGAUAGAUGGAAAAUGCAUUUUAUUAGAUCAGAAUUCAGAGGACUUUUACCUGGUCGUUUUAGUUCGGAAUCUUUGUACAAAGUUGAAGAAAACUAUAAUGAUCAAAAUAAAGAAGAGUUAGAUAAAUAUAGUGAUAUUAGACUGUGUCAUUUCUUAGUAGACCUGAACAACAAUCAAAGUUCAGAAUUGGAACCUAAUUAUUCUGAAAAUAAUUUGCAAUGGGCUAUUUGGAAAUCUAUUCCAUUUCUAGAUACCAAAAAAACACCACUUUUAUACAGAACAUUUUAUUUUCCAUUUUUCUGGGAAGAAAAUGUUAAGUUUUCAUCCUACAAUCUCCUUAUGCGAAAUGAUUUUAAUAAAAUGAAUACUAAACCGCUCACAGAGAAUGGUCCACCAAUGCACUAUGUGUUUUAGUCAAAGUGUCAAUGAGAUUAUAGUACAAUUAUUUAUUAUUUGUUUGAAGUCAUCGCAAAUCGCAAGCAAAAGGUUUCAUGUGAUACCAACUUUAUACCUUUCUACACAAAGUAGUUAUUGAAAAGUACACUGCCAAGCAACAUUCUAUAGGUUUUAAGUUUCAUUCAUGUUAACUUGCUGAAUCUUAGAAAUUUAGAAUUGGUUUUUAUUUAAUAUUAUACAUAUAUUAAAAUGAUUACUAUCAGACUAUUACUGAUAAAUCGGUAUAGACAUAAAA